AUGGUGGACUGUUGUCGGCAGUUAUGGCUGUUGACUUGCAAAAAUCUCAUCCUGACAUGGCGAAGUAAAGUAUGGGCGUUGUUCGAACUGACUGGCACAGUGCAGUUAUCUCCAGGGAGAUCGUUCGAUGCUCUGCCAAUAAAGGGUGACGCAAGUGAUAUUCCGCGGAAGAUAGGCUUUGCAUCCUCUAUACAAACUCACUGGUGUAAUCAUCGUCAAGUUUCCUUGGCCUACUAUGCCCGUGAAGGAUCUCGUGAAGCAGAUGAACUCAUGAGUGAGUUAGAGGACCGAUUUACUGACGGAGCUCUUAAUGUGGCUGUAAAAGUGGUGAAAAUGGAUAGCGAAGAAAGUAUGAUAGAUCAGUUACGAGCGGACGCUCCAAACAACACCUUCUUUGGAUGUGCCAUUAACAGGUUUAUCGGUGGAGUGAUUUUCGGUCGCUUAAGUACGGUCGAGCAUAAGUUAGAUUAUCACAUAUUGUUUCCAAGAGGAGUUGCCGACUACCGUUGGUUUCUGGACCAGGAGUGGAAUAAUCCAUUUGGAUCCGAUAUGGAUUAUAACAAGAUCCCUGCUGUGCCACCCUAUUGGUCGUCAGCGUUUCUAUCACUACAGUAUGCAAUCGAUAGUCUCUUUAUCAACGGAUCUACAUCAAGUGGCGUUGAGAUAGAGGAAGUGAGACUGAGACGUCUACCUGAAGCCACAUGUAAUUUGAACAGUGUUGCGGCAUUUCUGUCAGGUUCAUCGUACCUCUGGGGUCUCUCCGCUUUCGUUCUAGUAAUUCACACAGCGAGACAGUUAGCUACUGAAAGAAGCACUGUUAAGUACUUGCAGUCAUCAAACUCUCGCCUUAAUACUAUCAGCGACAAUAAUGAGACUGAUGAAGGGUUGCUUCGGACUAAAGCUGGUAUUAGAGUGCAACAACUGAUAAAGGUAACUGUGCUUCUUGGACAUAAUGGUGCAGGUAAAAGUACAACGUUUUCAGUGAUUUCCGGAAUAACGGCUCCGACGUCAGGCAGAGUUUUAAUUAGCGGUCUGGAUAUUCAGAAACAACGAUCGCUGUGUCGAAGGUUCAUAGGUUUAUGUCCUCAAGGAAAUGCACUUUUUGACCGAUUGACAGUUGACGAGCACCUGUGGUUCAUACAUGGUUUGAAAGGAGCCCCAGGUUCAUAUAUGACCGAAGCCGAACAGUUACUCCAUCAGCUUAAAUUGCUCGAGAAAUCUGACGAGCUGGCAAUGAAUCUUUCUGGCGGUCAAAAGCGAAAAUUAUGCGUGUCUAUGGCCGUUAUUGGUAAUAGUACAGUGAUUUUGCUCGACGAGCCUACUGCUAGCAUGGAUCCUUGCGCUCGACGAGAUGUUGAGUCACUAAUUCACUCAAUAAAAAUGGAUCGAACUGUACUGCUGACUACACAUUAUAUGGAUGAAGCUGAAUUACUUGGAGAUCGCGUGGCUAUUAUGGCACGAGGUCGAGUGUAUUGCUGUGGGACACCACAAUUCCUCAAAAAGAGAUUCGGAACUGGUUACGUCAUGACCGUGGUAGUCACGGACAAUACUAACGCACAAGGGAUUGCUGGAGCAUUGACACAAGUCUCCAGGAAAUACGUCACAGGAGCAACGAAAGGGAAUGUGCAUGGGAAGCAGUUUGAAAUUAUCUUACCUAAAGAAGAUCAAGGGAAGUAG